AUGCGCAAUAAAAACAGUACAAGGAGCUCGAAAAGAAACGCGGCAAAUACGGGGGAAAGGGCGGCCACCUACCGAUGGGAGGGCGAAGUCGAAGCGAAGGCGGGCGAGCCCGGCCCUGAGGACGAUGUCGUCGGCGUGGACGGGAGGCGCGCGGAGGGAUCGUGGUCGACUACCGAUCUGGAGCGCGGGUUUGCAGAGGCGAUUCGUUCUGCCAUGGAUUACGCCAUGAGGCAGGACAGCUCGAGCAGUGCUGACGGUUGGGCAGGGCGGUAUUGCGAUGUUAUCAGUUCGGUCGGAAUGGCCACCGGACACGAUGCAGGGGCGGGAUAG